AUGGCAUCGAAGAACUUUGCAACCAGGAGAAAGCGCACAAGGACGUUGGACGGGGUUGGAGAGGAAUCGAGGUUGAGAUCGCAAUACGUGGACGAUCACAGGAACGACCAGAUGGUGGCUGCAGCAACAGGAGCGGCAGCAGCAGCAGCUGCUGCAAUGAGAAACAGCUCCUCUACAGGCGGCAUUGGGAUGCAGAAUCCGUUUAUGGAUGAGUUUAUGGCAUCUUCAAAUAAUGACAUACUGACAUCGGAUUCGUUAAGAGACACGCUUCUAAUGGAUAUGGAUGGCCCAGGCCAGCAGCCUAUGUUUUUGGGUAGCAAUAAUGUGAAUAGCAGUACUAGCAAUGUCUCGGUGAUUAACAGUAGUGCGGGUCCCAGCCAGCAACUCGUGGAUUUGGAUGACAGCGCGGUGGAAUUCGUGAACAGCGUUAAUUAUACGAGCGCAAAAAAGGUCAAGAAACAGAGAACCGUUUCUCUACCACAAUUACCCCAUGCAAGGCUGAUAUACGAAUCAAGGUCCUCAGAUAGGAAGACCCAGAAUGACGACGAGCUACUACACGUGAGCGGGACGACUACCCAGACCGUUGACGGGAAUAAAAUAAUAAAACUCCCCGUUAUACGAUCCGUGUCGCCUUCUCCACUCACCGACUACCGCAGCGGAGUGGUAAAGAAUAACAAUGGAAGCGUAGGCGUUGGUUCCAUGGGAUCUAUGGGUGGCAUGAACCGCAACGACCUCGCAUUCAACGCCACAAGAAGGGUAUCGAAGUCGCCUUCGAAAUUCUCAAGCAUAUUAAAGAAGACACCUUUACGCUCUGGUAUGCAGGAUAAACCGCCCGUUAUUGAAAGCUUCCAAACGGAUAAAGAGGGCCAUUAUGUGUACCAGGAAAACGAUAUCUUCGCAAAAAACAGAUUCCAAGCCCUGCAACUCUUGGGCCAAGGCACCUUCGGUAAAGUAGUCAAAUGCAGAGACUAUCUGAACGAUAUAACAGUCGCAGUCAAAAUUAUAAGAGCUGUUGACAGAUACAGACAAGCAGCAAAGACUGAACUUCGCGUUUUACAGACAAUUAAGGAAAACGACAGACUUGGCCAGUACCAGUGCUUACUCCUAAGAGAGUUUUUCGACUAUAAGAAUCACAUAUGCUUGGUCACAGAUCUAUAUGGCAGGUCCGUAUACGAUUUCAUGACCAAUAAUGGAUAUGCCAGAUUUCCUGGCUCACACGUCCAAGCUAUCGGGAAACAGCUAGUACGCUCUGUCUGCUUCUUACACGACCUUGGUAUAAUACACACGGACUUAAAACCAGAAAAUAUUCUCAUAUGUGAUGAAACUUGCGUAGAACAACAGCUACCUAAACAGAUAUUGGAUACCCUAACAGAAAGAAGGAAACGUGCAAGCGGUGGAAAGCGUAAAAUACUCAUUAAUCCAGAAGUAAAAUUGAUUGACUUUGGUAGUGCUGUUUUCCACAACGAAUACCACCCUCCUGUAGUGUCCACUAGACACUACAGGGCGCCAGAAAUUGUUCUCGGUUUGGGCUGGAGUUUCCCUUGUGACAUCUGGUCUAUUGCAUGCGUACUAGUAGAACUAGUAACAGGGGAGUCUUUGUAUCCUAUUCAUGAAAAUUUAGAACAUAUGGCAAUGAUGCAGCGCAUAAACAAUGAGAGCUUCCCCAAGAAGAUGGUAGACAAGAUGUUUUUUAAGGUGGAAAACAAGUAUGGUAACAUACCUACCGAUCUUCAAGCAACUGUAGUCAAAUAUUUCGAUCGUGAAACUGGACAGUUGCAAUGGCCAGUCAGAAAUUCAAAGGGAAACAUCGUUACUAAGGAUAAGUCUUGGAAAAGGGUUAUGACUUCUUGUGAUAGGUUAGAUGCUUUCAUCUCUAAAAAACUUCAAAUGGACUACGGUCCUUGGUUAGAAAUUCACUGGGAUAUGGAUUAUGAGUCUAAUUGGAACCUUAUAUCUUCCAAGAAUCAUGAUGAACGUAACAUUGACAAGAAUGUCUUCUCCUUCUGGUACCAAUUCGUCAAUUUAUGUCGCAGAAUGUUCGAAUUUGAUCCAACAAAGAGAAUAACGGCUCAAGAAGUUAUCGAGCACGAAUGGUUCAACAUAGGAAUUUUAGAUGAGGGUAUAACACACUACGGCAGGUUGUAG